AUGACAUUUUUACUUACAACAACAAAAAGUUCUGAUAAACGAACUAAUUUUCUUAUUAAUGACUUAAACAAAAUAUUUGAUUGUAAAGUAGAAUUUAAAGUUAGUGAUAGAAAGUCAUUAUCUGAUGUUUAUGAUUAUAUGUAUCUUAAUGAUUGUAACACUGCCAUUUUCUUUGAAAUAACUAAAAAGACUAAUUACAUUUGGUUUAUUAGCGGAAAGAAAGCAAUUAAAUGUAAUUUAGAAUCAUUUACAACAAUUUUUGAACUGGCUACUUUAUUUAAUGGACAUAAAGAGGCGGGUUAUGAAAUAUAUUUUGGAAAGGAUUUUGAUGAGUGUAGUUUCUUAAAAGAUCUAAAAAAUGUUUUAGAAGACGUUUUUUUAUCUAAAAAAGAAUUAAGUUUAACUGAUGAAAAAAAGUAUAAUAAGGAAAGAAUAAUAUCAUUUUUGACUAAUGAUGAUAUAAUAUAUUUUAGACAUUAUUUAGUUGACAAUGUGUCAGAAAUAGGACCUAGAAUUGAGUUUAGUAUUGAGAAAGUGAUUGAAUAUGAUAAAAAUACAAAACUCGUAGAAUAA